UACCCAAGAAGGAAGAAACAGAUUAUAUAGGGAGACAUUACUGUCGUAGAUAGAAAUUUCUCUAGGUUGUCAAGCUAUGCUUCUCUCAAAUGCUCACCCAGUUUGUACGAAACAUUAUAAUGCACAUUUUAAUACUGUUUUCAUAAAAAUUAUGUCCAGUCAUUGAUACAUAUAUUUUUACAUAAUUACUUAUUUGAAAUUCAAUACCAGUAUAGAAUCUGGUGCAACAAAAUUGCUGACUGUAAUCAACCAUUUACUCUAUUCAAACUGAAGAUCCAAAUUAUUUUUUUGACAUCAUUACUUUUUCUUGUUACCAUCUCGACAUAUUCAGAUCAUAAGAAUUAGUUGUUGUUCUAGAAUUCUAAAAAUGAUUUAAGCCAAGUUCAAUGAUGAUCCCCAAAAAACUUUCAUUUAUAUUUCAUUUAUAAUAAUGGAAGAAUUAAUGUUUAUAAAGUCAGUGGUUUAGUUAACAAAUAUUGUUAUUAUAAAUACAUUAUUUAAUUAUUCUUUGUAAUGUGGAUAGAAAGUAUAACAAAAUUCAACGUUUCCAAAGGAUAUAUAUGUAUACUUUUUUGUUAUUAAACGCACAUACAAAAAGUUUAAAAGAAUGGAGCUAGUGUCAACAUUAAAGCAGUCUACAGUGAUUCAUCUGAUGUUCGCUAUAACAUUUUUUACAUCGGGUUUGAUAAUCAGUUUCUUCCAAUGUCUUUUGUACUUUGGUCUUAGGCCUUUUUCCAGAUAUUUUUAUCGGAAAAUUAACUAUUAUCUCUGUUAUUCUCUUUUUAGCCAAUUAGUAUUUGUGGCAGAAUGGUGGUCUGGAACAGAUCCAAUAAUGCACAUAGAUAAAAAAGAGUUUGAAAAAUAUUUUGGAAAAGAACAUGCAUAUUUGGUAAUGAAUCAUCGCUAUGAAAUAGAUUGGCUCAUGGGUUGGAUUUUUUGUGAACGUAUUAGUUCACUUGGGAAUUGUAAAGCAUAUUCAAAGAAGUCAUUACAAUAUGUUCCAAUAAUAGGUUGGACAUGGAAAUUUGCUGAAUUUAUAUUCUUAGAGAGGAAUUGGACUAAGGAUAAAGAAAUAAUUGGUACUCAAAUUAAAGAACUUUGUGAAUAUCCAGACAAUAUAUGGUUACUUUUGUAUCCUGAGGGAACACGGUUCACGGAAAAAAAAUUAGAAGCCAGUCAAAAAUUUGCCCAAGAACAGGGUCUUCCAGUAUUAAAGUACCAUUUAACUCCACGUAUAAAAGGUUUUUUGGCUAGUAUAUCAAACAUGCGGGAUAAGAACAUUGCAAUUUACGAUAUAGAAGCAUAUUUUACACCAAAUGAUCAGGUGAAACCAACAAUUACAAACUUGUUAUUGGGAAAACAAGUUGAGGUACAUGUGUAUAUGCGGAGGAUUCCAUUGGAAGAAAUACCAGAAGAUGAUAAAGGUGCAGGAGAAUGGUUAUAUAAGCUUUUUGAAAGAAAAGAUCGUAUGGCAGAAAGUUUCUUUCAAACAGGUGAUUUGUUUGCAACCAGUGGUGUACCUAGAACAGAUGAAUUUAGGCUAACAAGAAGGUAUUAUUCCUUAACCAAUACGAUUUUUUGGGCAGUGGUAAUUUUAAUACCAAUGAUUUAUUAUUUGAUUAAUCUUUUCUUAUCUGGAUCAACUAUUUAUUUCUCCAUUGGUGUGGGUAUUAUUUUUGUGUUUUAUAUAUCAAUGAAAAAAAUAAUAGGAAUAUCUGAAAUAAGUAAGAGUUCGUCUUAUGGAACCGGCGAUAAAAAAUCGAAAUAAGUAAGGAUGAAGAAACAAUAAAGAAAAUAUGUUAGGAACAGAUCGGUAUAACUUUAGACGGUAUUAUCAAACAAAUGUUAACUAAUUAUCUUCUCCGCGUGAUUUUCCUUACAAUCAGUAUAUAGAACGUAUUUACAAUGAUUUGAAAAGUAUUUUAGUUUUAUACCGUUGAUUAUAUCUUUAAUAUUAAUAUUACAAACAGAUUAAUGUACGUUAUCAGUAUGUUAUAAUUAUAAUUUAUAUUAUAUUUAUAUUUAUACGUCAAUUGGGAAAAGGAAUAUUUUUGUUUUGGCUAUUUGAGUAUUUUAAAAAAUCGUAGCUUUUUGUUAUAAUGGGUGGGAUUAUAUUAAAUUACUUAUUUUCAUUUUUUGAAAAUUCUAAAAAAUUUAUAAUAACUUAUUUAAGUUUUAUAUUUAGGGAGGAUAUAUAAUUAUAAGUUCCAUUUAAUAAACCAAAAAAAAAAAGGCAUUAAAGCAAGUUUACAUUUCUGAAAUGUAAAAAUAGCAGUUCUAAAAAAGUUAGAAAUUUUAAAGGAAUACGAACAAAAAGUAUGUCAAAUGAAAUGAAAAUCUUAGAACAAUAUUUUUAAAUUAUUUAUUUAAUUUAAAACAAUGUAUAUUUUAUAUAAAUAAUUCUUCAGCAGUGCACAAAUUAAUUAAAGAUUGUUAUAAAUAGUUUUGUAAAUGGGCAUUUUAAUUUAAUAUUUUUCAUUUGAGUACUUUUGGAAGUGGGUGUAUUUUAUGGGUAUGAUGUAUGUAUGUACUAUAACAGAUAUGUACGCUUCUCUACAAUUUUGUUACUACCUGGACAUUUAAUUUGUAUCGAAGUUUAACUUUAUUUUGUAUUUUUUUUAUCUAGGUGUUGUUAUUGUUAAUUGAAUGUUUUAAUACUAUUUUUUUUCGUUAAAUGUUAUAAUUUCUAGAGCCUGUGAUUAGAAAAUUUUAAAAAUUAUGUCAAGAGUAUUAUACCUAUGUUUAACCUUUGCAGUACAAAAUAUGUUUUGAAACGUAACUAACGGAGUGGGGUCAUUAAAGUUACCCAUUAUAAAUUUAUUCAAAUAGUUUUUAAGAUGUAUCUUCUGGUAUUUUAAUAUUAUAGACAGCUAUGAUUUUGUAUUAACGUUCAGAACAAAUUUUCGGAGAUUGAGAUUUCUCUACUCGUACGCUAAAGGUUAAUUUAAUUUAUAAGUUCAAUUUUCCAUUUAACUUAUUAACUUGUCCAUGUUACUUUCAUGGUGUAUUUCUGUAUAACCUUCAAACGGUUUUGCAAUAUAUCGAACUGUUCUUAA